AUGGAACUGGCUCAAUCGGUUGACAAGUCACCCUUUAUGGUAGAAAUUGUCGAGCAGUUGAAAAAGUUGAAUAGAUUAGGAAAAUCUCUCUAUGUGGCUGUCGGUAUCCAUGAACCUUCAUCCCGUUCUCAAAGAGUUAAAAACACUUUGGUUUACCUCGACGAAUCCGGCUCCAUUUUACAACGUUACCAGAAGCUUCAUUUAUUCGACGUAGAAAUCAAAGAUGGUCCGAUUUUGAAAGAAUCCCGUGCUGUGGAGCCAGGAACGGAAAUAGUUCCCCCAUUCAACACUCCCGCAGGCAAAUUGGGACUAGGAAUCUGCUAUGACUUAAGAUUUCCAGAAUUGGCAUUAAGGCUCAGAACUAUGGGUGCCCAGAUAUUGACCUAUCCUGCUGCAUGGACCGUUAAAACAGGCCCCCAUUUUCAGUUGCUAGGGAAAUCCACUGCUGUUCUGACACAAAGUUAUGUUAUCUUGCCUAGCCAAAAGGGUAGACAUACCACUCAAACAAAACAAGAAAUAGCUCGUGAUGGUUUACAGUCGAAUAGAGAAUCCUUCGGCCACACCUGUAUCAUCGAUCCCAAUGGUACUAUUUUGGCACAAUGUUCAGACGUUGGUCAAGAGGAGACACUUUGCGUGGCCGAUAUUGACUUGCAAAGAUUGGCCACUAUUCGUCAGAACAUGCCCUUAUGGAAUCAGCGCAGACCAGACAUUUUCGGAUAUAAGGUUUGA